AUGCGUUUCCAAAUCUUGUCCCUCGCCGCCAUUUUCCUGGCAAUUGCCAGCGCCCUCAAGGCACAGUCACAGUUCCUCAUCUCAUUCCCGAACGAGGCACCACAAUCAGACGUCGACCGAGCAAUGGACCUUAUGAGGGAAGCCGGCGGAGUCAUCGUCCACGAAUACAAGUUGAUCAAAGGCUUUGCCUGCAAAGCGUCUGAGGCGGCCAUUGAGAGCAUCAAGACAAUGGGUGGAAAAUUUCCGCCGAUCGUUGAGGAGGAUAGUGUCGUCAAGCUUAAUGGGAAGACAAGCGAUGGAGAUGCUUAG